CCAGCGCCAUUCAUUGAACAAAUCCACAUCACUGUAUUUCUCCUCUGUUUUACUCUCUUUGGAUUGAAUUGCACCGCCCUUUCUUUGGUGGACCUCUUCAGCCUAUAUAUAUACAUUUGACAGGCUUCCCCAAACACCCAUUCAUUCAUUUGUUCCUCUGUUUGUUCUCUGUUUGAAGAAGAUGGCUAAGGUUGUGGACUUGGAUUUGGAAUUGAAAGUCGCUCCCAAAAAGCUGUGGGAAGGUGUCAGGGAAUCUACAACACUUUUUCCCAAGAUCCUGCCUUCUCUCUUCAAGAGCAUUGAAACAGUGGAAGGAGAUGGGAAAAGUGUGGGCACUGUGAGGCACAUCAAGUAUGGAGAUGGCAUGGCAGGAGUGACAUUUGGCAAGGAGAAGGUUGUUGCAGUGGAUGAGCAGAACAUGUGUGUCACUGUCUCUCUUGUAGAGGGUGAGCUUCUGGGGUACUAUAAGGUGUUUAAGCCUACUCUGAAGGUGCUGCCAGGAAGUGAUGCCAAUUCAUGCCUUGUGAAAUGGAGUGUUGAGUAUGAACCUGCUGCUGCUGAGGUCCCUCCUCCUGAUAUGGUCAAGGAAAGUGCUGUCAAGACUUUCAAGGCCCUUGAAGGCUACCUUCUGACUGCUUGAGUUAGGAGAGCUUUUUACUUGUUGAUAUGUACUAGAAUAAAGGAACGGGUGUGCUGAUUGUUGAACCAAUUUAAGGUUGGGUUUGCAAGAAUCAGUUUAGAGAGAUGGGUAGCCUGUAAUUUGGUGAGAGAUAAGAUUAUCUAUGAGUAUUGUUGUUGGUAUUCUGUAUCUACACUUUGAAUGGUAAUGGUCUUAAAUUUUAUUUCUA